CAUAGCUACACAGGCGUCCCGCGCUAAACCUGUCAAUGCUAUCGUCGGCUAGGGGAAGAGAUGAGCAGUUUGAGAGUAAAGUGUGUCUUCUGCGGAUUGAUAAUCGAUUGCCAGCGCGAAGACACGGCCAAGCUGCUGGCACACCUGCGGAACGAACAUUCGGAGAUGAGCAAUCAUAAACCGACGGCAGUUACCACGUCAAACCGCUCGAAAGCACAUCCAGCGCAGCCGGCAGGAAAGGCGGAGCUGGACGAAGGCAGCGAUGCGUCGUUUGCUGAAGGCAUUUCCGAAUCGGAAGAGCUACUGCACCGGGAGCGAGUUGGAACAGGAACGUCAAGCGAUACUUCCAGCAAGAGCAGCAGUUCGGAAGAUGCAGAAACUAUUCCACCGAACCGUAGUACACGGCCCUUGCAUGUUUCGCUCGAGUCGCAGCGCUCGGUACUGUACCAAACAUCGCUCAGCUGCUGGCGCCCGGGAGGCAGACCCGUCUGCUGCCCGGAUUGUGGCGCACAUCAGGUACCGAUCGUUCGGUCGCACGCAACCGGGGUAACCUGGUCGUCGACGGUCGCUUCCUGCUUUCUCUUCUGCUGGCCGCUGUGCUGUUUGUCGUGGUUUUUCUCCGAACCGGUCAGCGAAUAUCUGCACUGUGCCCGGUGCGAUCAGCUGUUGGCGAAGCACGACAUCAAAGCGGAACGUGUCUCGCCCAACUAUGCAAUGCUUGACCGCGUUGAAGAUCAAUUGUAAUCGAGCGAAAUGAAGGGCUACUGCGCGAGGGACUGGGAAACAUUCGUCGUGUAAUAAACAGUGCAUUGUAAAGAGAGUUUA